AUGCUCCGCAAGGAGUCCGAACCGCAAGCCAACGGCCAGACCCUUGCGGCCCAGAGCACCGAAUCUGGCGGCCCCAAGGCGACCAAAGCAUUCGAGCUCCUGCGAAAAUACACGGAGGAUAAUCUCGACAUCUACAAGCCAGAGCUGAGAAAGCUGUUAUGGCCCGUUUUCGUAUACUCAUUCUUGGACUUGGUACGCGAUUUCUACACCAAGGACGCAGAGACCUUCUUCGUUCUGUUCCAGAAUCUGUUCGAGCGAGAUCAUGAGGAGGACAUCAAAUCGUUGCGACAAGUGCGGUUGCCAGUGCACCUGACCGAGAGCCGCGUCGCAAAACUGUACCAAGACAACAAGUACCGCUUGACCAUGACGAAAAUACCCUUCUUCAACCUGAUACAAUUCCUGGAGUCUAAGGUCCAUGACGGCGCACAGGCGUUACUCGAUGUGAUUAGAGAGCACAUCAAUAUUGUGACUGUCGACCGCACAGCAAACGCAGAGAAGAGCUUAGCUACUAUAUUAGCUGGUGGACAAGGUGAUGAUGAUCUGCCGGCUGAAGACGAAGGCAUCCCCGGCCAUGCCCCUGGCCAUCCUCUCACAGCUCGUCACGAUCCUGAGGCAGACGCAUCGCGAAUUAGGCUGCAGCUGGGCGCAUACCCGCAGGAUCAAGAGCUGCAGGAAGAUGUCCGAGCCGCCUUGCAGGACGAGGACGCUAAGGCCGCGCCAAGACCCGGGCAAACAACACUCGUGGACGAGUUUGAGCAGCGCAUCAAGCGUGAGCCGACAGAAGACGGUCCAUCGAGGGAGACGGUGCCCCUUCCACCAUCAUUGGCACGAGACGUAUCGAUGGAGGUACAGAAGAUCAUCGAGCACCGCGACCGAUACAAACUGGAGGGCAGAACGGGCGGCGUGGGCCCGGCCGUGAGCGUGACCAUGUACACGUUCCACAACACCUACGACAGUGUCAACUGCAUCGACUUUUCAGGCGACAACAACCUCGUGGCGGUCGGCAUGUCCGAGUCUUACAUCCGCGUCUGGGCCAUGGACGGCAGCCCUCUUACCUCUCCAGAUGACUUACCAAAUGCACAACCAUCAUCAUCGCGACGUCUAGUUGGACAUGCAGGCCCCGUGUAUGCCGUCGCAUUCUCGCCAUCAACAAGCAACCCCGAUCCCUCAGGCCCGCCCACGAACUCACAAUGUCUGCUCUCCUGCUCAGAAGACAAGACAGUACGGUUAUGGAGUUUAGACACAUUCACGUGCCUGGUUGCCUACAGGGGACAUGACAAUCCCAUCUGGGAUCUGCAAUGGGGUCCGUACGGCCACUACUUCCUCACAGGUAGCAACGACCGCACCGCCCGCCUCUGGUCAACGGACCACAUCGAGCCUCUGCGCAUAUACGUGGGUCACGAUGCCGACGUGGACUGCGUUGCCUUCCAUCCCAACAACCUCUACGUCUUCACCGGCUCGUGUGACCGCACAGUCCGCAUGUGGCACAUCUCCGGCGGAAACUGUUUGCGCCUCUUCACCGGCCACACUGGCAACGUCACAGCCAUCGCCUGCUCGCCAGACGGUAAGACACUCGCAUCCGCCGACGACGCUGGCAACAUCAUCCUAUGGACCCUCGAGACUGGCCGUCGCCGCAAGCGCAUGCGCGGCCACGGCAAGGGCGGCAUCUGGUCGCUUUCAUGGAGCGUGGAGUCAAGCGUCCUUGUCUCGGCUGGCGCAGACAAGACAGUGCGCGUAUGGGACGUGCUGCAAGAAACGAGCGAAAAGGAGGGCAAGCCUGGCACCGACGGCGCUUUGACGACUAAGGGCGCAAGCGGACAGACCGUCACGGCGAAGAAACCGACCAAGGAGACUGGUGUUAGUGCAGACCAGAUCAGUGCGUUCCCGACGAAGGAGAGUCCCGUGUACAAAGUGCAGUUCACGAGGAUGAAUUUGGUACUGGCGGGUGGAGCGUAUCUGCCGCAGCGGCAGUGAAUGGGUACGCCUGCUCCUGGUGUGGUUUUAGCUAGCUAUUUCUAUUAGCUAGAAUCCAGGGACGGCUCUAAAGGUUUCUGUAAAACAACGAUAGUAGUAAUCAAAACGUUCCAAUAGCGGGUAAUGACCC